AUGGACAGGGCAACAUCGUACGUCGGCUGUGGCGCCGUCCUCCUCGCCCUCCUGUUGGUCAGCUUCGCGCGCCCAUGCCACUCCUCCCUCUACCGCCCGCCGCCGCCCGUCAUGGUCUACCACGCCAGCGAGGUGCUCGACGGCGCUGUGCCAGUCUCCGUCCUCUACUACGGCGCCUUCUCGCCACACCAGAAGGCCAUCAUCGCCGACUUCCUGCUCUCCCUCUCCCCGCGCGGCCGCCAGCCACAGCACCACGGGUUCGGGGCGCCAGGACCCGCGCCUGCGCCGUCGGUGGCGCGGUGGUGGGAGACGGUGGACCGGUACGUGCGCAAGGCCGGCCGGGAGCCCCCGCGGGUGCUUCUGGCCAGCCAGGUGCACGACGAGGCGUGCUCGCUGGGGAAGACGCUGUCCAGGGUCCAGGUCGAGCGGCUGGCGUCGCGGCUCGGCGUGGCGCCAGGGGGCGUGGCCGUCGUGCUCACGGCCUCCGACGUCGCCGUCGAGGGGCAAUGCGGCAGCGCGUGCGGGUCGCACGGGGCCUCCGCACCGGGGGGAGCGGCGCACGUGUGGGUGGGCAACGCCGCCGUUCAGUGCCCAGGGCGGUGCGCGUGGCCGUUCCACCCGGCGGAGGGCUUCGCCUACGGUGCCAGGCAUGUGCCAGGGCGCGGACGCGGCGAGACGCUGCGCGCGCCCAACGGCGACGUCGGUGUGGACGGCAUGCUGAUCAACCUCGCGGCGCUGCUGGCUGGCGCGGUCACCAACCCAUAUGGGCACGGAUACUUCCAGGGCGACCCCGGCGCACCCGUGGAGGUGGCGGCUGCGUGCCCGGGCGUCUACGGCCGCGGCGCGUACCCGGGGUACCCCGGCGCGGUCAAGCUUGACACGAUCACCGGCGCUGGGUACAACGUGGUCGGCCGGAACGGCAGGAAGUAUCUCGUGCCGGCGCUGGUCGAUCCCGACACCAACUCUUGUAUCAUCAUGACCUAA